CUAGUCUUUUUCAAAAAUUCUGUGAAAAACUACGUAAAAUGGCAGAAGUCAAAGCUUUCAAGGAUAGCCAUUUCUUCAGACAAAUGAUGAAAUAACUGAACAAAUAACAAUCAAAAUUCUACCGUGUAUUAUAUGAACCUUCUUGUUUUAGAAAUGUCUUUCCAAAUAUCUAAUAUAAUAUCGCGUUCCAUUGAAAAAACAAGUUUGUUGUGCCAUGACAUUGUGCAACACCCUGUAGAUUUACAAAUAAUGUAGAGAUAGACACCUAUAUGAUAUCACCUUGAUGUGCAAGCCGUUUUUUACAUUAUAUAGCUUUUCUAUUGGACAGCUUCCCAUUUUCGCUGGGACACCCUGUAUAUAUUGUAAUUGAUAACGUGUAUUUUUUUUUAUAGAUCAAUUUUUGGAGUAUGUGCGUGGCACAGGUUACUCUGAUAUGAAUAUUAUGAGAAAGCAUAAACUGAUUUAACGAUCUGAUUGUUUCAACCGGAAUAUUCAGGGAAGACUGAAAACUCAGAAAAGUACUUUGAGACCUGGAACUUCCACAGCUACUUUAUGCAAAACAACUGCUCACAUGCAAGUGCUGGUGUCACGUUUGGGCAUGUUGAAAUAUCGUGGAAAAAUGUGCGGCCAUUUUUUUUUUGCUUAUGAAUAGUUCCUUUGGAGAUCCGAUACACAGGCUUAUAAGUUCCAGAGUCUUUGGCCUUUUAUUGCAUCACUUCAAGUAUUUUAAAAAUAUGAAGUCUAGGUUGCAUAGAAAUCUAAAAUAUCUUGGUCUUGGACCCAAUUCGGUCUAACUAUGCCACUAGCACUAUAAUGAUUUGGAGACCAGUAUAAUGAGAGUGUUCAAUUCCAAAACAUUCCCAUUUUUGUUUUUGUAGUAAUUCUAAUACUUUUUGGGACAAUGGAAUGAUUUAAUUGAAAGAGUCAAUAUUUUUGGAAAAAUCAAUGGGCGCUUGGUGCACUCGUUAUGGUCUACAAUCUAAAACAUUGAAUUAAGGAUUGUGGCGUUGUUUUGCAUGAUUUUUCCGUUCUAUCCCAUUUUACUGCUUUUCACGUCUCCAUUUUUACAUCUAUUCAUUCAUAUAUUCAGUUCUAGCUUUUUUAUCUCAUUAGAUAGCUGUAGUAGUAGUGGUGGUGGUUGUGGUUACAAUGGGGAGGCAAAGCCUGUAAACUAAGCCACAUUUCACCUUUUGUCGAAUCUGUGUGACCAACACUAUACUUGAAUUCAGUGAACAAGUUUUUAAUCUUCGCCUACAAAUGAUAGUUGUCAUAACUGUUUUUUAUUUCCUUUUUGUUUGUUAGGGUUUUAGCUAUGACACAAGGAAAUCUGUUCAAACAUUUGAUCUUGGCGGUUUUCUAAUUUUAUGACCUAUAUCAUCAAUAUUCCGAAAACGACUCACUUUCACAUAACGCCGCUUGAGUAUUCAUAACUGUUAAAGUGAAAAUAAGUGCAAUGUUUUUUAUUUAGAUAUGUGAAACGUUGCUCUACAAAGGUAUCAAAAAAUGGCGAGAAAAGAGCAACGUAUUACUGUCAUCGCAGCGGAACGUUUAAAUCAAGGAGCAAGGGCCAUAGAAAAAUCAAAAGACAAGGCACCAAAAAGAUAGGCAAAGACUGUCCCGCUAGGAUAUAUGUAAAAAUAUCAACAUCAGGCCAAGUUUCCAUCGACUAUAUACAAACGCAUGUUGGGCAUGAUGAUGAUGAAAUCUACCACUGGAGUCUUACUGAUAAGAAAAAGACCAUAACAAACACUAAAACCCCUAAUAUGGAUUUUUGCUACAAUGAAAUUGUGAGAGAGGUGAAAGCUGAUACAGAGCCUUUUAAUCUCAAGUCGUGUGAUCUAGUGAACAAAAAGGGGAAAAAGCCCAUUGAAAAAUGCGUCAGUAUAGUCUCUACAAAAACAACGGAUGUAGAAACAGAACAUCCAGAACUGUGGCUCAUUGAAGAGCCGUCAAAGAUAUCCGAGAUAUCUGUCGUACACUCGAAGACUUAUGUUGAGUCAAAGAUACAGUUCAUAAACGAUUUGAUCCAGUUGGUGAAUGAUAAUGUUAACUCAGCUGAGGAGUUGACAGAAGCAACUAAAUUGGCGAAGCCGUUAAUGGAUAAAUUGAAAGGAACUAGAAAACAUACAGGAACCGCCUUUAGCGUUUCAGUUCCCAAGAUGGACAUAGUGGAAUUCCAAACACUUCAAACACCAGCCAACAUCCAAAUUAUCCACGCAACACCAGCGCAAGUGAUUGACGCUCAACACGUGCAACUCGAACACGUCCAAGUUAUGGAGGGCACGCAGGUGUUGCAUGGUCUGGCGCAAGUUGCACAUCUUGCCACGAAUGGAAUAUCUACUGUUGAGCAGGAGACGCUUAGCCUUCCGCUGAUUAAACUCGACAGCAUUUUCCAAACUAUAUGAGCUAUGCUUAAACAACUUAAUAAAUGUAGGCUAAAUAUGCGACUGAUUAGGCACAUACGAGGUUUCUUCCGGAAAAUACGGGGCGUCGUGUUAAGGCGUUGUGGAAGGGUGACCCGGUGGUUCCCUCUCUCUAUGCAAUCUUCUCUAUGCUCAGUUCGAGGCCGAGCGCUCUGCGAGUAAGUGGGAUUUACGUGUGCUUGUUGAAAGUAACCUUUUUUUUACGUGCCGUCGGCAUGGAGCUCUCUCUGAUCGAGGAACAGCGCAUCAACAUACAGUUUCUUGCAAAGCAAGAAUGGUCGUGAGAAUUUUGAGUGUUUGGAACAAGUUUACGGUGACAAUUCUCUGAAAGAACCAACCGUCAACAAGUGGUUGAAAGGCCAAGAAGAUGUGGAAGAAGACCAACGCUCAGAACGCGCCUCCAUAUCGAGCUCUGGAGGGAAAUGUUGAACAAAUUCGGGGCUGUGUUCUAAAAGACCGUCGAUUGAUAGCUGAGGAACUGGCAAUCCCCAAAACAAUCGUUUAAGAAAUUCUGACAGAAAAACUUGAAAUGAAAAAAUUGUGCGCGAAAAUCGUUCCGGAGCUUUUGACUCCAGAACAGAAAGCAAGAGAGGAUUGCUUGCUGUGAGGAUUGGUUGGAAGUAGAAGAAAGGGGGCACUUUCUCAACCGGGUCAUCACUUUAGACGAGUGAUGGUUCUACAAAUUCGAUGUGGAGCUGAAAUCUCAAAGCAUAGAGUGGAGGCAAGCAGGGGAACCGAGAACAAAAAAGUAGAAAAAAUCGAGGUCCAAUGUGAAAACAAUGUUGAUCGUUUUCUUUGAUUCUCGGGACGUUGUUCACCAGAAAUUUAUUCCUUCCGGCUAGACAGUGAACGAAAAUUUCUACAUUGAAGUUUUGCGUCGUAUCAGAGCUCGUGUGGCCCGACUUGGACCGCAUUUGGCACAAGGGUCAGGCAGAUCCUUCAUCACGACAACGCGUCUGCUCACACGUCUCUCGUUGUGCUUGAGUUUUUGGCCCGAAGCCUUAUUCACCCGACUUAGCCCCUUGCGACUUCAUCCUGUUCCCAAAAUGCAAAAUAGUGCUUCGGGGGCGGCACUUGGCGGAUGUGGAAGCCAUCAAGGCAGAAACGACACGGCAAAUGGAGGGCCUCACAAUUGAACACUUUCAGCGAUCGUAUUAACAGUGGAAACGGCGGUGGCAGAAGUGCAUCUUGUCUCAGGGGGAGUACUUUAAAGGAGACCGUAUUGAAAUACCUGAACAACUGUAAAAUAAAGUUAUUAUUCCACUUUUAUACGUAUUUUCCGGACAAACCUCCUAAUAGGCCAAACAUUCAAAAUUAGCUAAUGAAACCCUUAAAUUGUUGAUAGUGACACCCUCUCCUUCCAUCACGUAUACCCACUGUGACUGUUCACAUAUAGCUCAGAAGCCUGAGUCAGGAUAUAUCUUCAACAAAAAUUCAAGAUGUUAAGCAAAUGCCUAUGAUAUGAUAUUAAGUAUUCUGUGGUUGUAAGAAAACAAUAAGAAUGUAAUUUACUGAUGUUUUUAUUGUUAUAGUGAAUUAAUAAAAUGCAAUUGAUUUUUGGA